AUGGCAGAUGAUGAUAAUAAUUAAGUGAUCUAAUUCCCGGAUGAAAACCAAGAUCAACAAGUAAGUAAAACAAUUAUUUCCAAAGGAUAAUGGUUAACAAAUUUCUCCAAAUUAGUAAAAUGAUGAAUAAGUUGAUAAAUAUGAUUAAAAUUAUAAUCAACAACAAGAACUUGAUCCUAACGAACUUAAACCACUAGAAACUGAAAAAUAACCCAUUUAACCCAUUUAGCUUUCUCCUGAUCCUAAUGAAGGCUUUUUAAACAGGAUUAAAGGAUGUUCAUGCAGAAGACAGUGUGAUGAAAAGACAACAGAUAAUUAAGAAGGAUUUCUUACAA